AUGUCAGCCACAAUUGUCAACCGAAAAGUGAAUCCAAUCGGCUUCGGUCUAAUGGGUCUCACCUCUCGGCCCAGCUCCCCAUCUUUCGAUGAAUCCGUCAAAGUAAUGAAACGCGCCCUCGAACUAGGCGCCACGUUCUGGAACGGCGGCGAAUUCUACGGACCCCCUGAACGCAACUCCCUGCAUUUGCUAGAGUACUAUUUUCGCAAAUACCCUGAAGACGCCGAUAAAGUAACACUCAGCAUCAAAGGCUGCUUCUCGCUCAUAGCCGGUGGGGUCGAUAAUAGUCCCUCAGGCGUCCGCAAGAGCGUCGACAACUGCCUCUCCAUUCUCCAGGGCCGAGUACCCAUCCACAUCUUCGAGCCAGCUCGCAUCGACCCCAAAACCCCAAUCGAGCAGACCAUCGAAACUCUUGCCGAAUACGUCCAAGCAGGCAAAAUAGGUGGCAUCGGCCUCAGCGAAGCCGGCUCCGCAACAAUCCGUCGCGCGCACGCAGUUCACCCUCUCGCCGCCGUCGAACUCGAGCUAUCGCUGUUCACGCCCGACAUCCUCCAAAACGGAAUUGCGUCGACAUGCGCGGACCUCAGCAUCCCCAUCGUCGCAUACUCCCCUCUCGGCUGCGGCUUCUUGUCUGAUCGCUUCACAAAACUCUCCGACCUGAACGAAAAUGAAUUCCGUCGCCAUCAACCCCGUUUCCAGCCCGGCGCAUUCGAGGCGAAUAUGCGUGUCGCUGAUGAAGUACGCAAAAUCGCUAGGGCUCGCAGUGCAGGUGGUGUGACUACGGCGCAAGUCGCUAUUGCAUGGGUCCUUGCCCAACGGCGCAGGAUUGGGUUGUUGGAUGGGAUGGUGGUGAUACCGGGCUGUACGACCGUUGCUAGAGUCGAAGAGAAUAGCGCAGAGAUACAGCUCAGUGAAGCGGAGUUAGCUGCUCUAGACAAGAUCGUGGAUGAGAGCGGUGUGCAGGGAGGGAGGUUUAAUGAGGCUUUGGCUGGGCUUAUUAAUGGUUGA